UAGCGGUGGGGUUGGAUGCCCGGUGUGGGAUCUAGUCGGAUGCCGGAUUCGCAGUGGAAACUUCAGUACGCGACCAGCCACCGACGUGUGUUUACGGUCGGAGCUCCAGCGGAAGCUGCGAGGGCUGCCUGUCUGUCUCUCUCCCUCUAUCUCCUCUAUCUCUUUAUUUUUUCGCCGGUGAGAGAAACAGCACUAGAUAUAUUUUCUUUUAUUUUAUUUUUCCUCUUAUUUUUAUUUUAUUUUCUUUUAUUUUUUUUUUCAAGAACGAUGUCGACGAUUUCCCUUUUCUCUCUUUGUUUCUCUUUUUGUCUCUAUUUUUUUUUCUCACCCUUAUCAUCGUCGUAACACGUCGAUCAUCGACUUAACAAACGAAAAGGGUGAUCUUCGAGAGAUCGAUGGAACCGAUGCGAGGAGAACGUUCUUCGUGAUGUCAUCAAUGAAUUUUUAUUGAAUUCUUUCUCUUUCUCUUUCUCUCUUUCUCUCUCGCUCUGUCUGUCUCUCUUUCUCUCUCUUUCUCUUUCUUUCUUGUUGGCUUUAGAAAAUGUCAAGCUUCGAAAGAAGGGUAGUAUAGUGAGCGCUCGAACCACGUGGCUGCGGCUCAAAGUUAGUGCGUUAAAGUAGAGAACUUAAAUCCUUUCUCCGUUUUUCCAUGAUAUUCCUUUUAAUGACGAUACGCGGUUAAAAGUAUGGGAAUUCGUGACGUGUGAACAUUUUUCACGAAAAAGUUACGCUCGUUAUUUAUAUCGUCUACGAUUUAAUCGAUAUUUGGGAGGUGCUCGUCGAUAUUCCGUCGUUCGAUUAUCAAAAACGUUUCUUCUCGCGAGAAAUCAUGUGAUUAAUGGGUUACAGUGUUUCCAUCUCUACUCCCUUCUCUCCCAUAGCUUUUUUGGCCGAACACAAUGACACAGCACGAAGCCUCGUCGAACGAGAAUAAUAGAAUCGUCGAUUCGCUUUCUUCUUUCUUUUCUUUUUACUUCCUCGUUUCUCGUAAAUAAAAAGAAAAAAAGGAGGGUUAGCGGGUGGGCCAUGCCGGUAUAGGAAAAAAAGAAUCUCGUUAAUCUCGUGAAGAAAAAUGUCGUCUCGCAAAGAGUCGCAGUAACGAGGUGCCGUGUAAUCGAUAUCGCGUCGAUAUUCUUUUUUUAGAACAUUUAAGGGGUCGUCGUUCGUAUAACAUGUUUCACUUACAAUAUAUUUCGUGUCUGCGAACGAACGAAGAGAAAGAGAGAAAGGGAAAGUCGGGAGAAAUGUAGAAAAGGAAAAUAAAAAAUAAAUAAAUUUGUCGAUCUCUCGAAGUAUGGGAGAAAAGAUUUAAAUUUUGGCGGGACUCGAAGAUAGGAAAACGCGUUGCUCGAGAGAGAAUCGAAGGAGCCCGCCGUGUGUGGAGAUUAUUCGAAACUCCUCGAAUAAGAACGCGAGGAACGCGCCGUUACGGGACUUUGUUCGAUGGUGGUAGUGUGCUCUUGGUGGUGGUGAUGGUGCCGGUUUGCGGUAGAACGCUUAACCGAUGUUGGUGAGCCCAUGGUAUUACUGGAGAAGUGUAAAAGUGACUCGCACGUGUGGGUAACGUGCAGCACAUUACGUAAUUCAAGCCUCACAAACAGGAGCGGUGAGUUACAGUUCAGUCCGGGGGAGUAUCGGAUCGGCAUAGCCAAACGCAGCGCUCUAAUUACAAGCAGCAGUACGAUCAGACCGGUGAUGUUCCAAAGAGAUUUCUAAAUGAAUAAGAUUUGAUGAGGAAAGUUUCGAGAAUGCGUUGAAUCGAGCCACGUCGUCGACGAACUUGGGCUGUGGGAAUGGAUUCGACCUUGUUGCUACUCCUUUUAGUCGCCUCGUGGAGCAACCUCGGAGUUGUCGUCCUCGGUCAGCAAGGUCCGGAAUUCGUUCUCGAGCCACCAAGCACUUUAGUUUUCUCCAACACAACCGGCUCUCAAUUGAGUUGCUCCGCGCAUGGGAGUCCAACGCCACACGUCACGUGGAUAACUAGUCCGGAUCAAAGAUCGGUCUCGGCGGUUCCCGGACUACGGCAACUGUUGGGAAACGGGACACUUUAUUUUCCGCCGUUUCUAGCGCAGGACUUUCGUGCAGAAGUUCACAACGCGAGAUACAGAUGUCGAGCGACCAGCUCCGUUGGGACGAUACUAUCUCGCGAGGUCACUCUACGUGCAGUCCUCACGGUGUCCGGAUAUGACGUAAGAGUAAACAGAUCGCCAGUAGUGGAGGGUUGCAACGCGGUGCUAUCUUGUACGGCACGAGAAGACAUCAAAGAGCAUCUUACCGUCACUUCGUGGUUUCGAGACGACGCUAUACUUUUGCCCGGAAGCACGGACACCGGCGGAAGAUUCGUGGUAACGUCGCAAGGCGAUCUUCACAUAAGGGCAGUCAGACCAGAGGACGGCAGAGUCACUUACUCCUGUCUGACCCUUCACGCUUUGACCGGUGAACGGAGAAGAAGCGAAUCCGCCACUUUGACGGUCACUGAACCCACAACAUCUAUAGCACCUAGGCUGAUGCAAAGAUCGCAAAUUGCUAUCUCUGCGGAAAGCGGAUCGGACGUUCAUCUGACCUGUUCUGCCCAAGGAAGCCCACCGCCGCAAUUUACCUGGUAUCGCGAUGUUAACGGGCAAGCAAUACCAGUGGAGUCGUUCGGUAGAAUUCAACUUUGGGGUGACCUGAUGCAAAUUCGUCGUGUGGACGCUCAGGAUGCCGGAAGGUACAUUUGCCGAGCGAGUAACCAACUAGGUGAACAACGAGCGGAAACGCAUUUGUCGGUCACGUCGAAGUUGAACGCUAGAAUUCAGCCUCGUCUCCAGGUCGUCAAUUCCGGUGAAACUGCAACGAUGAACUGCACGGUCGAGGGUUAUCCGGUUGAGAGCGUCGAGUGGUUGCAUGAUGGUGUAUUGGUAUUGACCGCGCAGGACACGAGAAUCAGAUUGUUGGCUCCCAUGGUGCUCGUGAUAGGAUCCGUUGGUCGUAGAGAUAAAGGGAUGUAUCAAUGUUUGGUGAGGAGCGACAAGGAAAACGCGCAGGCAACCGCGGAAUUGAAACUAGGAGAUACGCUUCCAGAAUUACAAUACACUUUCAUCGAGCAAGCACUAAGGCCAGGACCACCUGUGUCUUUACGAUGUUCGGCAACCGGUUCGCCACCGCCGUCCUUCACGUGGCUACUCGAUGGUGAACCAUUAAGCGAAAUUGCAGCUGGACAUAGAUACGCUAUAGGACAAUAUGUCGAUCAAUCCGGAGAUGUUAUCAGUCAUCUAAACAUAUCGUCCGCUGGAACGGAAGACGGUGGACUUUAUGCUUGCGUAGCUUCCAACACAUUGGCAAAAGUGGAACACGAAGCUAGACUAAACAUUUAUGGACCACCCUAUAUCCGAUCGAUCGGUCCUGUACGUGCUAUAGCUGGUGUGGACAUGACUAUAACUUGUCCUUAUUCCGGAUACCCAAUCACGACGGUUGAGUGGUCGCGUGGUGGCGUAGAACUACCAUUGGACAUAAGACAUCGCGUGGACAGCGGUGGUCAUUUAACUAUCGGUCACGUUGAUCCUAACGAUGCUGGAAUUUAUACUUGCAAAGUACGAGCUCGAUCGGGAGAGACAGCCAGUAGGGAUAUCCGACUCACCGUGAGCAGUCCACCCGUUAUGAGUCCCUUCAACUUUCCUUCGAACUUGCAAGAAGGUAGCCGUGCUCAAGUCACUUGUAGCGUCAUAUCCGGCGAUCUUCCUAUUUAUUUCUCUUGGUUGAAAGAUGGCGAGCCUUUGCCUUCUUCUCUUCGAAUCGAAGAGAGAGGUGCCGAGUUCUUCAGUCUAUUAGUCUUCAAGGAACUUUCGUCUCGACACAGCGGCAAAUAUACUUGCGUAGCAACGAACAACGCAGCCAAGGUCAAUCAUACUGCCGAAUUAUUAGUCAAAGUGCCACCGCAGUGGAUCUUCGAGCCACAGGAUGUAGCAACUCUUCUUGGCAACCAGUUGAACGUUCAUUGCGAGGCCAAAGGCUUUCCACCACCUCUCAUCUCAUGGCUUCGCGCCAGAGGCAGAACUUCCAACGAUUAUCAACCCCUAGUUGAUGGUCUCAAUGGCAGACUAACUAUAUUACCUAAUGGAUCUUUAUGGACAGCGUCUGCGGGACCGCAAGAUGAAGGUCAUUAUCUUUGUCGAGCCAACAACGGUAUUGGCUCUGGAUUAAGCAAAGUGAUUUAUGUUUCUGUACAUGAACCCGCGAGAUUCGAAUUUCAAAGUAAAAACGUGACGAUUCGUCGAGGCGAAUCUGUUACUUUAGAUUGCACGGUAAUCGGCGACAAUCCGAUAGAAGUACAAUGGAUGCAUAAUAGCGAUCGAUUGGAUACGAAUAGUCACAGGCUUAGUAUCAGUCAAAUAAAAACUGACAAUGGUUUGAAGUCUCAACUAUCUAUCAGUAGUAGCGAUCGACAAGAUUCUGGUGUCUACAGAUGUACGGCUAACAAUGCAUAUGGUAGAAGCGAGCAUCUUAUAUAUCUAGCUGUACAAGAGAGACCCGAUCCACCUGCUUCUCUUGAAGUCAUAGAAAUUGGAUCACGAUCUAUAAGAUUGUUAUGGAAAAAGGCUUUCGAUGGGAAUAGUCCAAUUAGAAAUUACGUCAUUCAAUAUCGAUCUCUUAGUCAUGGUAUAAACGACGAUUGGAAUCCUGCGAAAACUCACAAUGUUACCUAUUCGACAGGAAAUCUUAACAUUGCAAGCAAUGCUAUACAUCCAACGCAAAAUGGCCUGUCACCGUUUGAAACAACGAGCGAUGAUCAAGAGGUAGCCUUGGUCGGUGGUCUUCAUCCCGCAGUCACUUAUACUUUUCGAGUAUUCGCGAUAAAUUCUAUCGAUGCUAGUGCUCCUACUGAACCUGUGGUAGCCAAGACUCAAGAAGAAGCACCUACUGAACCUCCACAAAAUAUCAAAGUACAAUCCGCAGGACCGGGAGAGCUUGUAGUUAGCUGGCAACCACCUCCUAAGGAAUCAUGUAAUGGAGACCUUUUGGGUUACAUAGUAACUUGGUCGGAACAUUCAUCCUCGACAUCGGGUGUAAAUCAAAGCAAAAGCCUUACGGUGAAUGGCUGGGCAACCACGAAAGUACAGCUCACUGGUCUGAGAAAAUUUACCAAGUAUGACAUAUCAAUCAGGGCUUUCAAUAGCAUAGCUAGUGGCCCGAGUAGCGCGCCUAUAGUUGGAACCACUCAGGAAGGAGUGCCGGAAACACCUCCUACGCAAGUCACAUGCGUUGCACUGUCUUCUCAAUCCGUUAAAGUAUCUUGGAACGCACCACCUCCUCAUCAACAUGGCGGAAUUAUUCAAGGAUAUAAAGUUUAUUACAGACCAGUGCCUACUGACAACAUGGAUAUCUCAACGGUGGGUGAAGUAAAACGAACAUCAAGCGUAGAAACUUAUUUGCAUACCUUGUAUAAAUAUACGAACUACUCUAUCAGAGUACUGGCAUACACGGGAGCUGGCGAUGGUGUAUUGAGUCAACCAAUUUAUUGUAUGACAGAAGAAGAUGUUCCUGGACCUCCAGCAGGCAUCAAAGCUUUAGCAUUAACUGCGGAAAGUAUAUUGGUAUCAUGGUUACCACCUUUACAACCUAACGGCAAUGUAUCCAAGUAUACAGUUUACAGCAGAGAAGCUGGUUCCAGUAAUCACAAUACUCACACUAUGCAUGAACCUCCGUCAUCACCAACCGAUACUCUCACCAUGGAAUUACGUGGUCUAGUCGAAAGACAGCUAUACGAAUUCUGGGUAUCCGCAACGACUGGCCUUGGCGAAGGGGAAGCAACUACUAUAGUAACGCAAACUACGAAUACCAGAGCACCUGCAAGAGUAGCUUCGUUUUCACAACUCUUAAGAAGGGCUGUCAAAUCAUCCAUCACGUUGUCUUGUUUGGUCGUUGGCAAUCCUACACCACGUCCAAUUUGGACCUAUAGAAAUGGUCAAGUAUCAACCGGCAGGCAUUACGAAUUUACGCCGGAUGGUCAUCUCCAUAUAUGUGCACUGGAACAAUCUGUAGCUGGAAAUUACUCUUGCUCUGCUAAUAAUCAAUUUGGUGAAGAUUCUAUAACUUACACAUUGGUAGUGGUAAUGCCACCGAGAUCACCAACCUUGGAACUUCAGUAUACGACAACAAAUAGCAUAAGACUUCGAUGGAAUCAUCCUGACAAUGGUGGUGCUACUAUUCAAGGAUACGUGUUAAGUUACAAGAGAGAUCAAGGUGGUUGGGAAGAAAUCGCAUUGUCUCCGGAACAAACCGAGUUCAUACUAACCGGCUUGAAAUGUGGAUCAUCGUAUCUGGCUCAUUUAACUGCUCACAAUCGUGUUGGCACUGGAGAUCCAAGUUCAUUGAUAAGUGCAACAACUAAAGGAACUGCUCCCUUGCUACCGAAAGAACGAGACAUCAUCUCAGCGAAUGGAACUUCCGUAAAACUGAACUUAUUAUCCUGGCCAACCGGAGGAUGUCCGAUUCAAUACUACACCGUUGAAUAUCGUAGACGUAUUAACACCGAAGUAUGGAUCCUAGUAGCUAGUAGGGCUACCGAAAAUCUCGUAAUAAGAGAUUUAAAAACUGCCUCGUGGUAUAGCUUGCGUUUAACUGCGCAUAACGAUGCCGGAUCUACGCAAACUCAAAUGGAAUUUGCGACGACUACGUUAAGUGGAGUAAGUAUUGGACCACCGAACGAUCUGAUCAUGGAAGACGAUGUAAAGAAGAGUAUACCAAACCACAAAGUACUCUACGUCGUCGUACCCUUAGUCUGUGCUAUCAUCCUUAUCAUAUCAGCUAUCAUCCUAGGAUAUAUCAUGCUCAAACGUAGCGGCAGGUCCAAUUAUCUGGGGGAGAUUCUACCUGGUCAACAACAACAACAACAAACUGGACUUGGUCUGGUGCAACAACAACAACACCAACAACAUCACCAUUUAUCGAGCUGUAUGUCCACGGUACAACUAAAGUCUACGGCAGAACGAGACAACAGACGUAAUCAUCAAGUAUACACGAGUUCGCCAGUUAAACAAGAAAAUCACAAAUCGAACGAUCAUGGAUCAGAAAUGUAUGAAAUCAGUCCAUACGCAACGUUCAGUGUACCAGGGAGAGAAAAUCGUUCCGUGACCACGGCAACGUUAGAUUAUACGAUGCAAUUUAAAACGUUUGGUCACCUCGAGAACGAGGACAUCAAUACUAUCGAUUAUGAAAGAUCCAGCGUAGAUUUCGAAAGGUCCAAAACUCCUAGGUGGCAUAAACAACGAUACUUCCCGAGCAUCGCCGAAGCGGAAAGCAAACUUCGUUCGAGUCGACAAGGUUCCGGUAGUGAUACUUCUGGUAGUCCUUGCGGCGAAUGUGCCGGGCCUAGUUACAGAGUGCCGGUCAAACCUUGUAGAGAUGUAUUUUCACGAGGUGUGGAAUCGAGCACGGAAUCUAACAACGAAGGUUCACCAUCGCUCGCGAGACGACGAAGCCGACAACCGAGCCGGUCCACUCGCAGUUCGGUGGAGGACAUGACGCUGUUGCCGCCAAGCGGGUUCAGCGACAGCCGUGAAUUGAGCGACGUGGAGUGCGAUCGUGACCGUGAUCGUGAUCAUGAGCGUGAGCGUGAUUGGCAGGGCCUGUCCGUCGGGGCCCGCCAUGGCGGCAGCUUGGGUAGACUCCCAAUUGAAGCCGUCGAAACUAUGCUCGCUAGGUAUCAACAAAGGAAGGAACAAGAGAGACAGGAGUUCACCAUACACGUAUGAUCAAGAUUCGUUGGUACGAGCAAGAAUCUUCGUGGGACGAUGUGAUGAAUCAUCAUCGUUGAAACUUCAUCCUUCUUUAGGAAAAAAAAUAAUUCGUCGGCCGGGUGUCUCUCCGAUUCCCCCUCGGAUGAUAGUGAAAUAUAGUAUAGUUUCGAUGUAAAAGAUGACACUUUUUAAUUAUCGUUCGUAAAAUUCGAGAGAGUGAGAGAAAAAAAGAAA